UCGUAACCUGGACUCUGAUGAGCCUUCACAGUUAUCGCGAGAGUUCUCUUAAAAACAAUAAAUACAGUACUUACAAAAAACGACAAUGAUCAAAUCAAUUUUGAUCUUCAAUAACCAUGGAAAACCGCGUCUUAUUAGGUUUUACCAGUUCUUUCCUGAGGACAUGCAGCAGCAAAUAAUCAGAGAAACGUUCCAUCUGGUGUCUAAAAGGGAUGACAACGUGUGUAACUUCUUGGAAGGAGGAAGUUUAAUCGGAGGCUCUGAUUACAAGCUGAUCUACAGACACUACGCCACCCUGUACUUCGUGUUCUGUGUGGACUCCUGUGAAAGCGAGCUGGGGAUUCUCGACCUCAUACAGGUUUUUGUGGAAACUCUCGAUAAAUGCUUUGAAAAUGUCUGUGAGCUGGAUCUGAUAUUCCACGUGGAUAAGGUGCACUACAUUCUCCAGCAGGUGGUGAUGGGUGGCAUGGUGCUGGAGACCAACAUGAACGAGAUUGUGACUCAGGUGGAGAAUCAGAACCGGCUGGAGAAAUCUGAGGGGGGUCUGUCGGCUGCUCCGGCCCGUGCGGUCUCUGCCGUGAAGAACAUGAACCUCCCUGAAAUCCCUCGCAACAUCAACAUCGGAGACAUCAACAUCAAAGUGCCCAACCUCUCCCCCUUCGUCUAACCCUGCACUGCCAAGGAGACCUGCAGCCCCGGGAGGGAUAACAUGCAGCUGACUCCACAUCGCAAAUGUUUAGUGGGGUGCUAGUAAAAAGAGACCGAUCUGUGCUCUAGUGACCGUCUGGUAGGGUAGGGAAUGGAGAUCUCUUUAUAGACAGGAAAGCCACAAACAAUGAGCCCUCCAGGUUUUCAUGACCCCAUUAUUUUACAUGUUAAAAGCACUGCUGUUGUACCCUUGAGCAAGGUACUUUACCUAGAUUGCUCCAGUAAAAACCCAACUGUAUAAAUGGGUAAUUGUAUGUAAAAUAAUGUGAUAUCUGUAUAAUGUGAAAUAAUGUAUAAUGUGAUAUCUUGUAACAAUUGUAAGUCGCCCUGGAUAAGGGCGUCUGCUAAGAAAUAAAUAAUAAUAAUAAUGCUUUGAUGCAAAUCCGGUGAUACUGAUAUACUCAUUUCAAUGUACUCUGGUCAAAAUUGUGCUCCAAUUAACUGGUGUUUCAGUACAGUGCAGUCUCUUCUUACAUUGUUUUCAAUGGCUUUUGGGCAUUGCCUUUUCUUUAAAGAUUUGUAGAUUUGCUGGCCCUUUUUCUGUUCCUUCCUCCCAGCGCUCUGUACAGCUGUCUGUUUUGUUUGGUUUGGAUUUAUCGUUCCGAUGACUUCUUGGAAGUAAUGUCUGCUACAGCAUGACCACAGAGUUCUGAACCGGUUCAAUCAGAUCCGCUCCCUCUGUGUUCCGUCUUCUCUUCGAAGGUCCAGGACUGGCUGCACCUGCCCAGUCAUGCCCAACGAUUUUUUGAAAUGAGAAAAGCAACUUUAUUUAUGUGACUAGAUUCCAUUUCUUUCUUUUUUUUCUGUCCAGCAAAACACAAUGUACUGCAUAUGAAAAAUGAUGCUUGUGAGGCUGGAUUUACAAAAUAAUAUGUAGGGGUAGCUAAGCAUUGCAUCAGACGUGGUGCAGAAAUGGAACAAUGUAACCGUGCUUUGUAUUUGCACCAUCCAUUUUGUUCUUACAGAUGCUGCAGUGUGGUUUGAUAUGUAAUGAUGUCUCCAACUGCUGUACUUGUAUUGUUCCUAAGCUACUGUACAAUAAAAAUCCCCUGUUCAAA